CGGCGGUUGCGCAGGCGUAGUGAGCGCGGCAGCAUGGCGUCCCGGCCCAAGCGGCGCGCCGUGGACGGGGGGACCCCACAGAUGCUCGGCGACCCGGUCCCGUGCCACGAGGAAGAAGAGGACGAGGAAGUGGAGGACCAGGACGACGACGACGAAGACAGCGACGAGGAAGAGGAUGAAGACGACGAGGUCGUGGACGAGGAAGUGAAUGUUGACUUUGAAGCUUAUUCCAUCUCAGACAACGAUUAUGACGGGAUUAAGAAAUUACUGCAGCAGCUUUUCCUCAAGGCACCUGUCAACACUGCAGAACUGACGAAUCUCUUAAUUCAGCAGAACCACAUCGGGAGUGUGAUUAAGCAAACGGAUGUUUCAGAAGAUAGUGAUGACGAUGUGGACGAAGAUGAGAUUUUUGGUUUCAUUAGUCUUCUCAAUUUAACUGAACGAAAGGGGACCCAGUGUGCGGAGCAGAUUAAGGAGCUGACCCUGAGCGGCUGCGCGAAGAGCUGUGAGAAGAGCGUGGUGGAGCAGCUGGACAAGCUCUUCAAUGACCCCGCCCGGCCCGUGGGCCUGCUCCUGAGCGAGCGGUUCAUCAACGUGCCCGCGCAGAUCGCGCUGCCCAUGCACCGGCAGCUCCAGAAGGAACUGGCGGAGGCACACAAGACCAACAAGCCGUGUGGGAAGUGUCACUUCUACCUUCUGAUCAGCAAGACGUUUGCGGAAGCAGGAAAAGGCAAUUCCAAAAAGCAGCAGAGCAGCCAAAAGAACGAUGAGCUAAUGUUUGCGAACGCAGAGGAAGAAUUUUUCUACGAGCUGCUAGCAGCUCACAGUGCCUGGCGCGCACUAGGUUCUCACAGGUCAUCACCGCCCCAACCCCACUGUUGGUGACGAGUGUGGGAGGAGACGAUCAUGAACCUGCUGGUAGUGAUCAGGCUGAUGCUGUGCUGCGAGAGCUGCGGCUCCCAACCCCUCCAGGAGGAAGGAUGAGUCUGGGUUCAAGGUGGACAUUGAGUCUGAGGGACAGCCAUCAGCUGAGGUCCCAGCCCGUCGGGUGGACCCCUGCCCUCCCGUCUGGCUCCCGGGCCGCUCUGCCCCUCGUCCUGGAUGUCAUCCCGUUAGUGGGUUUCUGGCACUUUCUUUCCUGUAAAGGUAGCUGGUGCGCGAUGGCCAGCCAGAGAGAGAAUACCCUCCCCGUGCAGCCCUCCCCAGAAGUGAGCCUCCGAGGAGGGCCCUCUCCUGGGGUGGCCGCCGCCGCGUAUUUCUCUGGAGACUCCCAGUCAAGACUGGCAGCGCUGGGCCUUUUCAGGAAGGAGACAGUGGGAAUGAAAUUUUGAGGCUACGCCCUGCAUCUCAGGGUGCGUGUGGGUUUGAACACGGCUGGUUCUGCAAGCUUCCCUUCGUCCACAGCAGCUCUGCAGAGGAGGAGCUGGGGCGGUGGGAAGGCCUGCAUUUGCAGGGUCUUCUUGUUAGAAGUCCAGUGUUGUGCCUGUCACUGUCCCUCUGUCACAGGUUGUGACUAGGAGUGACUUGAGAGUGGUAGACAGUGUAAGUGGGCGGUAGCUCCGUGUCACCGGCUGCUGGCUCACCUCCUGGAGGUGCCUUCUGCCAAGUGUCCC